GGGAGUAUGGACGUGGUGUGGGCGCCCGUUUCCAAACGCCAUCUAUCGGACGGGUGGCCGAAGUAGCAAUGUAUACCUAGUAGUAGGCCUAGGCGACGAAUGCACGAAUUCGUCAACCAUACAGUUGUUAACGAAUUUUUGACAGCUGAUUGUUCAGAGGAAGCAGCAGUGGCUGUUUGACGUCUGGUUGUGGAGUUUAUGCACUGAUUUGUCCACGUUUUUCGAGGGAGGUUUCGAAGACUCGGAUGACAUUUUGAGCGGAAGCAAAGGUUUUGACCAACAUGACAUUUUAAAUCAAAAUUUCCAAGUUGUUUUAAGGAAUCGACUACAGUCAUUUGAAUUAGAAGACAAUUUUAGAAGCCUCCAGAUGAAAUACAUUAUUCUGUAUUAUGUCAGCAGGGACACUAAUCCUUAUUGAUGCCUUCAGUUUCUGAGAGAAGUUGUUUCAAGGGCAGCUCUAUUCAUUGUCUCGGAAUGAAGUGGCCAGUAGCCCUGUUCUUAUAAGGGAAUCUCACAGAAUGGCUUCAGAUUUACACAACAAACCUAAGUUCUACAGCUAUUUUAAAGACAGUCACGAUUGCAAGGUUCGUCUUAGGUUACAUGGGAAUCCAUCGUCUAAUAAACAGCAAAAUGUGCCACCCAAAACUUAUUUAGGGAAAAUUAACAAGAUUCCACCUGUGCCUUCAAAAUCACCUGUCGAAGCAAAGAGUGGAGCGACACCUCCAUUAAAAGAAAAUGGUGAAAAGGCCCAACUUCUUGUGGGUCCACAAUCAUCUGUUGGUGUAAUACCUGGAUUGCCGCCACCAGCAUUGAAAGAAAAUGGUGUAAAGGCUCAAUUUGUUAUGGGUCCACAAUCAUCUGUUGGUGUAAUAUCUGGAUUGUCGCCACCAACAUUAAAAGGAAGUGGUGAAUUAGUUCCAGUGAUGAUACCAAAACCAAAAAAACCACCUGUUGCUGUUAAAUCUGGAUCGUUACCACCAUUUAAAAGAAAUGACGACAUUAUUCCAUUUAAGACCAUCACAAAAGUACACGUAGCAACCUCUACAGUUGACCCUGCAAUGCCGCAAACUGUUAAAGGAACUAAUGGAGUGGUUCCUUUUGUGACCAAGAAAGUACCUGUGGUAUCCUAUAAAUCACCUAUUCAUGUUAAACCUGGGAUGCCACCCCCGGUGCAAGGGAGUGGUGAAAUGAUCCCUUUUCUUGUGGCCUCAAACCCAGCUGUUGAAGUCAAACCUGGAACAUCUGUACCACUGAAAGGUGGUGGUGAAAUGAUUCCACUGGUUGCAGUAUCAAAGUCAUCAGAAGUCAAGUCUCAGGUGGCUCCACCACCAAAUCAAGGUAACAUGGUUCCAUAUAUGAUGACCUCAUCUGUUGAUGGCAAAUCUGGAAUACCAUCACCAAUGACCGACGUGUGGAUACGCAAAGGUUCAAUUGGAACCAUUUCAAAAGUGUCUCCUAUGGGCGCUUCGAAAUCCAUAUUUCUCCCUGUGCAUGUGCUAAAUUCUCACGCCCAGAAGCCACUUCCACAAAUGCAGUUGGUACCCUCGCAAGUUCAGAAUCCACAUCCACAGGUUCAGUUACUAAAUUCCCAAGUUGAAAAACGUUCUCCACAGUUACAGAGUUCUCAGAGUCAGGUACAGUUAUUGGCCUCUAAGGCUAAAGUAAAGAAACCAAAUCCACAGGCACAGUUACUGACUUCCCAGGCCCAAACGUCUGUUCCACAGAUGGUCACCACUUCACAGAAAUACAUUGUGGCACCUUCCUCAACACAGUUCUUAGGUCCAACACAGGUAUUAACCACAUCUCAUUCUCAGUUGAUAGCUGCCCCAACUGUUGUUUCAUCAGUAAAUGGCAAUGUGGCGACUGUUCUCAGAACAGUAGCAUCGCCACGAAUUGUAACGACCUCUGCACAGCAGAUAGGCAGUGGUCUAAAUUCUUUACCCAAAGUAAUUACUGGUCGAUUAAAGCCAGUACAGAUUAUUAUGCACGAUGUAAUCGACAGAGCCCCUACAAAUAUACCCCUAGUAGAUCUGAAGGACGAGGAACUCUAUGGCAGCGAGGACAAAUUCCCCAAGAUUUUUCAGUGUGCAGAGUGCAAUCUUCAUUUCUCCAAUAAAAAGGAGUUGGAACGACAUGAGGACAACCAUUUGGGCGAAGUCAAUUACAUUUGUGACCAGUGUGGUAAGGAGUUCAGUACAAAAAGAUCGCUUGAAGAUCAUUUGAAGGUUCACGCGUCUGAAAAGAAGUUUGAGUGUGACGUAUGUCAUAAGAGAUUUGAUUAUAGAGACAAUCUCAUAUUUCACAUGAGAAUACAUGGUGAUGUGAAAAACAUUUCCAUUAAAUGUCCCAUUUGCCAGAAAAAGUUUGGGAAUAAAUCAAUGAGGGACAAUCAUUUGAAGAGGCAUACAGUUGAGGAGCGGAACAAACACAAGAUAGUCAAUAGUGAAACCACUCAGGCUUCAUCUCCAGAAAAGAAAGAGACCAGCUUUGAUUGUGAUGUCUGUGACAAAACUUUUUCAGAUAAAGUCGCUCUUGAAAAUCAUAAAGUUGUUCAUAUAAAAUUUGAUAGAGGACCAAAGCUGGAAGUAAAAAAGAAGGCUGCAACUGUGGAAGAAACUACUACAAGUACUACUACGUUUCAGUGCAGGAGUUGCUUGACAGUUUUCAACAGUGAUCAAUCCCUCAGAAACCAUGCAUCCACAUGUGGGAAGGCUUUGACAGACACAAUUGUAUGCGCCUUUUGUAAGAAACAUUAUGGUAUUUUUAAGCAGUCGAAAGAUGAUGGGUCACAGGGAAUGAAAUUCAUAUGUGAACCCUGCUGUACUUUUUUGGCGCAAAAAAGUCAGGUGUCUGGGUUCACUCCUCGUUUAGAAAAUCGUUUCAUUUGUAACAAAUGUGACAGAUGUUUUUCAAAUGAACUCCAGUUAAGAGAACACCUUAGGUCACACUUGCCUGGAAAGCCUGUCAGAUGUGACCUUUGCAGCAGGAAUUUUGAAUCUCUUAGUGCUUUGCAGAUCCACAGAGCUGCUCGGCACACAAAGAGGGCCCCCCUCGUGUCGCAAACCUCGCUUAAGAUUGGCUUUGUGACAAAUGUGCACAAUAGUAAAACGGUUGAAACGGCAUCUAAGUCUCCCCCUGCGGUUGCCAGUUCUGUUCGAAGGUUUAGGGGGAGGAGGAGGAAGAAGCGGAAGAGGAUAGAGAGAUCUAAGGCCAGAAACAGACAAGAGAGACUGAGGUAUGAAAUGAGAAACAAAGAGAAAGUGUUGGAGAGACCAACAGAGUCACAGGUCCCACGCAAAAGAGCGAGGUAUGAUUUUGGAAAAGUGGCUGACAAGGGCUCAAGUACAGAAGAUGCAGAUGAAAGCAUAUCUGAAGCUGAUGAAGGAAAGACCAAUAGCUACGAGGAUGAAGACGGGGAAUAUGACUCUGAUCUUGCCUUAGGAGUACCCUAUGAGGAAGAUGAUGAUGAUGAUGAUGAUGACUUCAUAGAACCACAUUUAAAUGUUCCUCCCAGUGAUGAUGAUGAUGAUAAUGGUGAUGAUGAGGAUGUGGGUGAUGAUAAUGAUGAAGACCUCUUCAACAAAGAAGCUAUGAAGGACUUGGAGGUCACCAUCAAACAAGAGCCCAUUGAUCAUGACGAGAAUAAGACAAAAGUAAUGGAGAACUGCACAGUGUUUAAUGCUGUUCCAUCCAAAGGAAAAGUAAGUGCAACUGCUUUGUUCAUUCCAGAUAGAGUCAUCAAAGAGGAAAAGCCGGAUGAUUAUGAGGAGUUGGAUGUUCAGAUCAAGCAGGAGAAGGAGACAAUGGAGGAGAUGGUCAUCAAGGAAGAAAAUGUGACGAUAAAGGAAGAAAAUCUCUUUAGCCAAGAAGAAAAUGAUCUGGAUAGUUUACAGUUCCCAAUAAAGGAAGAGAAAUUGGAUGAAAGUGAAUUGCCGAUGGAAGAGGAAUUCGAAUUUACACCAUUUGGUGGUUGUGUGAAAGAGGAGCCACUUGGUCUGUGAGUCUUAGUGAACUGACAUUCCUCAUGAGUACAAAGUUCUUUACUGUAAAAAGCCUAUACAGGAAUUCAUUUGACUUACUUUUUGUAAGAUUUCAUGCUUUUUAGCUGGUGUGUUCCGUGGUGAUGUGAACAUUGUUUAUACGAGGGCUAAUUUUUUCCUAUGAGAUAUUAUUUUUCUUCUGUUACUAUCUUGAUGGAAGAGUAUGAGAGUGAGGUACCGAAGAUUAUUUGAUUUUUAAUAGGUCACACAGCUGACUUAAUGUAGACAAUUUUAUUUAAAUAUUGCUCAGAAAAAGAUUGUAAUUCUCAUGUUUAAUAGUACCUUUGAUAUUUUACCUGCUGUAUCUUUUACAUUAUUACAUUUUAAAUUUCUCCUGAAGGGAGUUUUAGUUUAUUGCACAAAAUGUGCAGAUACUUGGCUUGUGAUUACCCUCAUUAGUCAGAUGGGUAAUGUUUUAUAAAUUUUGUAACAAAUUUGUUGCUUGCAACGAGAGCUCGUCUUGCAGUCUUGGAUGUGCAGGCACUUCAGGAAAGGACAUUUAGCUGUCAUUAUUUUCGGUUCUUUUAAAGAUAGUGUCUCUAUUUUAAUGUUUGUAGAUUUUUUAUCGAAUACUCCUUUUCUAUUUUUUUUAUGGUUUGGUUACUUACUGAUUCUUUGCAAACAAGGACACUUGAGGCUGUAUAAAUGACAUUUAUUUCACUGCUCUACCCAAUUUUGUAAUUUCAUUCUGAUUUCAUGUGAAUUUUGAAAAUCGGUUUUUGUUUUCAUUGACGAUGAUACUGAUAUGAGGGCUGUGCUAUUGUUUUUUAUUCUGUUAUUUAUUUCUCGAAAGAUGAUUUUAGCAGGAAUUGCCUGCAUUGUAAGUCAGAUGUGCACUUACUGUAUUUAAUGCAAAUAUUGUAAAUUAUCAACAACA